CCUCGCCCGCAGGUGGCCUUGGCCGUGGCGCUGGACCUGAGGACCUUCCUCCGGCUGCGGCCCUGCUGUGAGGGCAGGGUGUGCGUCCGCCUGCCCGGCGUCGGCGUCGUGAGGAGCUGGGACACCUCCUGCCUCCAGGCCCUGCGGAGGGGGUUUGAAGCUGACUUUGAUGAAUCUAAGCCCCCCAGCAUAGAACAGCUGGAUGCGCUGAAAGAGUUUGCUGGAAUCGCUGCCGGAGCCUCAGCUCCCGAGAGCCUUGCUACUCUUGCCUUUCUUUAUAUGUGCCUGGCGAUUUCGGCCAAGUAUGGAGAUGUUCCGAGCAUGGACAUACUGGUGUGGUCCGAGCUGCCCACGGGAGCUGGGCUGGGUUCAAGUGCCGCCUAUGCCGUUUGCUUGGCGGCGGCCCUGCUGGUGGUGUGUGGAGCCAUCUCCUGCCCUCUGAAGGAGGGAGAGUCCACGGCCAGGUGGACAGAAGAAGAGCUGACUUUGAUUAACAGCUGGGCCUUCCAAGGGGAGCGGGUGAUCCAUGGCAAUCCGUCGGGUGUGGAUAAUGCUGUUGGUACCUGGGGUGGAGCCCUGAGAUACCAAUCAGGAAAAAUCACACCAUUAAAGAGGGUGCCAAUGCUGAGGAUCUUGCUGACCAACACAAAAGUCCCUCGAAGCACCAAGGUCCUGGUGGCUGGUGUCAAGGAAAAGAUCCUGAAGUUCCCUGCUAUAAUGAACCCGGUGCUGGACUCCAUCGAUGCAAUUUCUCAGGAGUGCCAAAGUGUUCUGGAAGCGAUGCCUGGAAAUCCAUCACCAGAGUAUUACCCUGUGCUGGAGGAAUUCUUUGAUAUAAACCAACACCACUUAAACGUGAUCGGAGUCGGCCAUCCCUCCCUGGACAGGCUGUGUCGGGUGACAGCGUCCCACGGCCUGCAUAGCAAGCUGACCGGGGCUGGUGGGGGUGGCUGUGGCAUCACCCUGCUGCGACCAGACACCUCCCCGCUGGCCGUGGAAGCAGCCAAGCGAGACUUAUGUGCCUGUGGAUUUGAAUGUUGGGAGACCAAUAUCGGGGCCCCCGGAGUGACCCUGCACUCCUCCUCGUCUUUAAACGCCGAAGUGCUGCACGCGCUCUCCGAGAGUUAA